GGCUCUCCUUGUCUGGAUUAGUGGCGCUCGUGAGGCGCAAGUGCGACUUCCCCGUGGAUACGGAAGCUGCCGUGCUAUUACCAUGUCAUCUCGCGUGUUUUGCGUACUUCCUGUGUCCUUUUUGACGAGCACGCAUUACCAUUUCCCGCUGUUGUCGGACGGUAUCCAUGCUUACUCUAGAGACGCGUGCCCCACGGGUCCGAUCAAAGUUUUGUAACUUUUGUUAUUGGCUCUGGUCGAGCAAGCGGCUUUAUGGCAGGGGGACGAGCCGAGGUGCGAGCCGGGCCAAUAUCAGAUAGGAACGGGUAUAAAUGUAACUGCUCCCCCGUAUUUCAAGUGCGACUUGUUACUACGUACUGGAAGUAGCUGCUUGUUACCCUCGUGGACCUCCAACGACGCAAGUUUGACGACCUCCGAUACACCUCAGCGCAAUGGCUUCCAAAUUAAAGAUUGCCCUAGUGCAGCUCCACUCUCAUCCAACCGACCUGUCCAGCAAUUUCAACCGCGCGGCCGAGUACAUCCGCAACGCUGCCCAGGAUGGUGCCAGUAUUGCAGUCCUGCCCGAGUACCACCUCGCAGGGUUUUGCGAACAACUGCAGGAUCCCGAGGCGGCCACACGGCUAUCCGCCGAGUACCUGAAGCGCUACCAAACGCUGGCAAAGGAGCUGCAUAUCGGCAUUGUCCCUGGGACGGUGCUCGAGCCGAAGACGCAGGGUGGAGUUGCCGGCGACCACACAGGGCCACUGGCAAAUGUAGCAUACUUCAUAGGCCCAGACGGAGAGCUGCUUGAACGUUACCAGAAGAAGAAUCUGUGGCAUCCCGAGCGGCCUCAUAUCGCCGCUGAUACCGAGUCCCCGCACCGUGCAUUCGACACGCCGUGGGGGAGAGUGGGUCUACUCGUGUGCUGGGAUAUAGCUUUCCCGGAGGCCUUUCGCGCUCUCAUCGCCGACGGGGCGCGCAUCGUCAUCUGUCCAUCAUAUUGGGUGGCCAGUGACGGCGGCGAGGGCCGUCGAUUCAACAGCUCAUGUGAGGCGCUGUUUCUACAGAACGUGUGUGUGGCGCGAGCAUUUGAGAACGGCUGCGCCGUCGUCUUUGUGAAUGCCGCUGCUCCACUGGGAAGCACCGACGGCAAGGAUCUCCUUGGCAAGGAGUACGUUGGGCAAAGCCAAGUGGCGAUGCCGUUUCAGGGUUCCCAGGGUACGCUUGGUGCUGCCGAGGGUUUGAGUGUCGUCGAGAUAGAAAUGGAAGCUCUGGAUGUGGCAGAGGACGUUUAUAAAGUUCGGCAGGAUAUGGCAACGGCUGGUUGGCACUAUCCACUGGCGUACGAGACUAAGAAACUGGCUAUAAAAUGAUAUGCGCUGGCUAAUAACUGGCCCAACUGAGCUACUUAGUGUUGAACAGGUGCUGGGGUCUCACGUGCAAGCAGGGAUAUUUUAAGAUUACAACCGAAAUGGUAAAACCUCUAAGGGGCAGAAUUCAACACAACACAAGAUGAAUAUACCAAUU